CACCGUGAGGCUGCUUCGUUUGUUGCUUGCAGCGGCUGCCCAAACUUUGGGUGGUUUAAUUCUACCUGUUGGGCCGCACAGUUCGGGGUGUAGUGCAUCCGUUCCACCCUCGAGUUCGCUCGGCGAACACGCGCGAGAACAGCGAGAGCAGAGGAAAACGAGAGAGAGAGAGCUCGUGGUGACGAGAGUCUCGCGCGGCUUCGACACGCACCGGACGUCGCUCGAUCUCGUCGCGCCGGAGUAUAGUACGCUCGCGUCCGCGAUCUACGGCGACGAUGUCGUCGUGCUUCCCGUACACGUCGCCGUUCACCACGUCCACCGCGUCGCCGUCGCGCUCCUCACCGUCGUUGUUGUCGCGGCCGUCGUCGCGCCCGUCGUCGUCGCAGCCGCGGUCUGCGCGAGCGUGCGCGUGUGCCUGAAGCCGGUGUGCAAGUGCGAAGAUCGUGGACAGACGAUCCGGUUUGGAAAAACCGUUCCCGUGAGUCCGGAUCCUCGUGACUCGUCGAAAAGAGGGGUGUGCGCGAAAGGAACGAUAGCGCUUGGUGACUGGCUAAGCGGAACGCGGCCGAGGAAUGGACCAGAAACGAGGAUAAUGAGGUGCGCGGAGUGAAUUUUGUGAGUUACGCCGGGUGCUUCUUUGUCUCGCUGUCUGUCUCACUCGUGAAUCCCAGUCGGAGGAAAAUCUCGAACGCGAACUUUACGUGUCUGGGAUCGCGCGAAAACGGACAGAAAGAAGGAGAGGAGGAGGAGGAGGAAGAAGAAGAAGAGGAAGAGGAAGAGGAAGAAGAGGAGGAAGAAGAAUAACAACAACAAGAAGAACAAGAAGAACAAGAAACGAUAACUCAUCGUGUGUCGAACCGUGCGUGUCGUGAUAUAAAUACAAAAGAGAAACAAAAAAAAAAAAGAAAAAGAAAGAAAGAAAGAAAAAAAGAGCAACCCGCGACAGGGUAGCCCCUGUCCCCGAAGAGAAGGCCUCGAACUGUUCGAAACCGCGAGAAAUUCACGCUUGGAACGGGUCGAUCCAUCGCGAAGGUGGUGACACUAUCAUCCGUGGAGAUGUGAUCCGGAACACAGGAGGGACGCUUAGUAGUUUGUAGUUGGCCCCCUCCCCCCUAGCCACCCCACCCCACCAGCACCCUUCGACCUACCACCUACCACCACCGUUUCUCUACCACCUUUCUUCUACUGCUCUCCACGUACGUACACGUCUACACAAGCGCACCGGCAACCGUCCAACCGUUUCCAGCCACCGGCAUCACACCGACAUCGACGUCCAUCCAUCUUCCCGAGAAUAUAUCGACUCUCUCGCUCUUUAUCUCUUUCUCUUUCUCUCUCUCUCUCUCUCUUCGUCUCUCUCUCUCUCUAUCUCUCUUUCCCCUCGUAUGCACCGAGGCUUCCUCCAAUUCCGAUCCUGCGAGAUACGCGCGAGAUUACCCCCUUCAGAUACGCUGUCCUCUCUACCCGAGAGCUCCGACAAAGUGAGUAUCUCGUCUAGCCGGCUCUCUAGUUCGAUAUCUCUUCGGCUAUCCACUGUUGACUCGUUUAACCCGCCAUCUCUACCGUCGACCUCUUCUCCGCGGAUGUUCACCGGCUACCUGCGCGAUGACGCACAGGUGACGCGCAGAUCCCAGACUGCUCCUCUUCCCACACGUUUCAAUCAAGUGCCAUACAACGCUCAGCAGAAGACUGUGAUACGCAUUACCUAUGCCUAGAAUCCGUUCGUUCAUCACGUAGACGAUAUUAGGACGAUAUUAGUCGAGCAAGAUCGAAGAAGAGUGGGAGGCUCGGUGGGGUACGCCACGUUGAUAAGAAACGCCACGAUUAGACGAACUGGAAAGAGAAGUGGAAGACUGCGAGGGAGAAUGUCGACUUGCACCGACGAGGCCGACAACGCACCCCUGCACAUGCAGGAGGCUCUAUCCCCGGUGCAGGAGGGGCCAGUGUCUCCGGCAUCCUCCUCGCUGAGCAACCAGAAUCAAAACGAGAGCGAGCAGCAGGUAUUACUCGCGACGAUGCAGCCUGUCAACGUUCUAGACCUGCACGAGCCAGCCACAGUUCACUCGCUCCAUCCCAAGUACCAUCAUCACCACCACCGCCAUCACCACCAUCACCACCACCACCACCAUCAACAGCAACAGCACAUCCAGCCGGAUCCGGACGACGUCCAACAGAGGGGCGACGAUCCCGACGGUCGAGUGACGCCUGGCGCCGACCCAGCCGCCGCCAACACGACGCUGGGCGUCGGCGAGCACAAGAUGAUCGAUCUGAUCUACAACGACGGCCAGAAGACCGUCAUGUACACCCACGACAAGGAGAUCAUCUACGAAAACGAGGCGGAUCGCGUCCAGGUGGUCGAGUACCCACCCCCGCCACCCUCGCCGCCAUCCCCCUCGCCACCCUCCGCGGUCACCAGAGCCGGACUACUGCCGCCCGCCUGCGUCACACCCAGAUCCGGCUCCGCGACGGCGUUGCACCUUCAUCAUUAUCCCCAACUGCAGUUGCAACACGAGGACGACCUUCCACCGGGUGUCCGCCACGCGGUCAACGCCACCGUGCCUAAUUGUGGCGCGGCUACGACGACCACCACCGUGCUGGUGCUCUCGGAAUUGGUCGCUGCUGACCCCGCCGCUGGUGCUGCCGCUGCCCAACAACUCACCCUCACCGCCGCCGCCGCCGCUGCCUCCCUUCGUGCUGGACGGCGAAGCCGCGGGGAGGAGGACACGAGCGGCGUUGAGGAGAACUCGCAGCAGCAGCAGCAGGCGAGCUACGUGGGGGGAGGUCAGCGCGACACGGAGGAAGAGGAAGAGCUGGGGGCAGAGGAGGCGGCGGCGCAGGCGGCGCAGUCCCUGCAGAGCGGCGCCGAGGGCGCCGAUCCGGAGGUACACAAGAGGGUUGCUGCGGUGCAGGUGCAGGUGCAGGGUAUGGAGGGCGACUGGCGGACCUACUGCGAGCACCCGCUCUCGGUGGCGACCGCGGCCAUGCUCAAUCUUCAACAGCAGCACCAGGUCUCGGCCGUGGCGAGCCACGGCGACGACCCAGCCCCCUACGUCUACGAAUAUUACAAACUGCCCGACAAGAACGCCGACGUCAAGUUGCCGCCUACCCACGAACUUUGGUCCACGGGUGUGAUGGGCCAGAAGCUGCUGGUGCAGGAGGCGCCUGGCUCCGGUUCCGGUUCGGCGAAUCGGAUGGAAGGCGGCGAAGGCGCCGGUGGGGGGGAGCUGCACCACUUCCUCCACCAGUACAACCAACAGUCCCACAGUCCCGGGCAGAGCCUGCAGGGUGGCCUUCCGCUUCCGCUCAGCCCGCAGUCCCUCAGACACGACGGCUCCUCGAGCACCGGGAUCGCAGGAGUGAAAAGGGAGCCGGAGGAUUUGAGCUCGUCGAGAGGGGCGCAACAGUCCAGCAAAAGGCACAAGCAGGCGCAGCCGGACAGUCCCACGCCGCCGGGGAUGUACCAUCAUCAUCAGCAUCAACUGCAGGUUCAACAAUACGGCAGCCCCUACGACCCUUACAGCUCGUGCAGCCCCCGGCUCCAGUCAACGACGUACACGUCGACCUCGGCGACGGGCGCAGCCAACACCGGGAAUCCGAGCGGGUUGCACCAGGAGGCGACCGCGGUCUAUGUGACGGGGGACGCCCUGCCACCCUUGGCAUCCUCGAGCUCGUCCUCGUUAUCGACCACCACCGCUUCGUACACGAGGUACGAGGUUGUGCCAAGCUCUUACGCGACGACACACGCGAUACGCUCCUCGUCGAGCAGCAGCAAAGUCCUCACCGUUGAUCUUCCCAGCCCCGACUCCGGGAUCGGCGCGGACGCGGUCACGCCCAGGCAAGAUCAUCAUCCGCCCACGGCGCUGCAUCAGUCCUCGUUCGACUACACGGAAUUAUGUCCCGGUGGAACGGCCGCUGGAGCUGCUGUGGUUCUCGAGAGCGGUGCUGUUAUACACCACCAACCAUUGCAGCUGCAGCUGCAGCAAAGCCACGCGCAAGCACAGGUGCAACGGGGAGCUUUGGUUUCCUCUGCGGCAACCAACUCCAAUCCUAACCCGAAUCCUCCGAGGUCGCGGCCUUGGCACGAUUUUGGAAGGCAGAACGACGCGGACAAAAUCCAGAUACCAAAAAUAUUCUCCGCCUAUGGAUUCAAAUAUCAUCUAGAAUCACCAAUUAGCACGUCGCAGCGUCGAGAGGACGAUAGAAUCACGUAUAUUAAUAAAGGACAAUUCUAUGGAAUCACGCUAGACUAUGUUCCUGAUCCUGACAAACCUUCUUUAAAGGCUGGCCAAACUGUUAAGAGCGUAGUAAUGUUGAUGUUCCGAGAAGAGAAGAGCCCAGAAGACGAGAUUAAGGCGUGGCAGUUCUGGCACGGAAGGCAACAUUCUGUCAAGCAACGUAUUCUCGACGCUGACACGAAGAACAGCGUGGGACUGGUGGGCUGCAUAGAAGAAGUUGCGCACAAUGCGAUUGCCGUUUAUUGGAACCCACUCGAAUCCUCGGCGAAGAUCAACGUGGCCGUGCAAUGUCUGAGCACCGACUUCUCCAGUCAAAAAGGCGUGAAAGGAUUGCCUCUGCAUAUCCAGGUGGACACGUACGAGGACCCACCGCCGCACACUCACACGUACACACCACCCUCGCAUCGCGGCUAUUGCCAGAUCAAAGUGUUUUGCGACAAGGGAGCUGAAAGGAAGACUCGCGACGAGGAGAGGAGAGCAGCGAAGAGAAAGAUGACGGCGACCGGUAGGAAAAAGCUCGACGAGCUCUAUCAUUCCGUCACGGAACGCAGCGAAUUUUACUCCAUGGUCGAUCUUCAUAAACCUCCGGUCCUCUUCUCUCCACCAGCGGAGCACACUAUAGACAAGUUUUCGACGAUGGAGUUGUCGGGCUUCUACGGAGGUGGCGGCGGGGGCGGUGGCGAUACAGACACAUCGUCCCUGAGCAAUGGCGAGGGCGGAGGAUUGAAGGCGGGGGGCAGCAGCCCUUAUCCUGCCUGCGGGAGACCGAGCUUGCCGGCCCUCAAGUUCCACAACCACUUCCCGCCCGACAAUCUGACCAGCCUGCACGACAAGAAGGACUCGUUGCUGAUGCAGGUGCAGGAGCUGCAAGGCUCGGUGCUGCAGGGGGUGCAGCAAGGCCUCGCCGGGACGGUGGUGUCCGGGGUCGGGAACCGGCUGCAUCUGCAACAGCAACCGCCCCAUCUACGCCCAACAGACGCCGAGGAACGAGUGAUGCUGUACGUCCGCCAGGAGUCAGAGGACGUGUACACGCCGCUGCACGUUACGCCGCCCACCGUUCAAGGAUUGUUGAACGCUAUUGAGUCAAAGUACAAAAUUGCAUCCUCGAGUAUUAAUAACCUCUAUCGCAAAAACACAAAGGGAAUUACAGCGAAAAUUGACGACGAUAUGAUCCGAUAUUACGUGGACGAGGAUCUGUUCCUGCUGGAGGUAACCCAUUCCCGAGUGGCGAACCCGGACCCGAGCAACGAGCGCAACCCGGCCAAUCCUGGAUCACCCGGUGAUCCUGGCGAUCCAAGCGAUCAGCCAGCCACCGCGGGCUACGACGUCACCUUGAUCGAACUACCCUCGGCGUCGGCGCACAUAGCUCACUCGCCCCUCAAUUCCGCGCAUGGCCACGCGCACGUUCACGAGAGCGGCAACACGUGAACAUGUUCUUCGAAAGCGCGAGGAAGAAGAAGAAGAUGAUGAUGAUGAAGAUGAGGAUGAAGAAAGAUGGAUGUAAUUACACGUGGCUUUCGUCGUUUUUGUGUAAAUAAGUCUGAGAGAGAGAGAGAGAGAGGGAGGGACAAAGGCAACCGUCGAUGGUCGGCGAGAAACAUCGUCGACACGGUGCAAUGAGAGUAAUAAGAAUUAUUGGACGUUAUUUCGAUAUCGGAGAAAGCUCUUCAGGGACCUGCUUUUUGAAGAAAUCGCGUCGAGCGGAAGAAGGAGAGGGAAGAAAAGAUAGAGAAGAGGAUUUGAACGAUGGAUUAUUGAUUAAUUGCCACUCUACCCCACCAGUGUUUAUCUUUUAAGGAACAAAUUUACGGAAGGAAGAAGAAAACUUGGGAGUGAAGAAUAAUUAAUGAGUAAUAUCCAACGAGAUUGGAUUUGGACGUGUAAGUCGAACUCGAAAUGAAACACAAAAUGAGAGAAAGAUGUUCUUCAAUAUCGUACAACACGAGAAGUCAAAAAAGGGAAAGAAAAACAAUCGUUAGUUGAUAGUGAUCGUCUUGUGUAACGUUUUGAACGGAUCGUGCCUGUUGGAUCAUCGAUAUACAGAUAGUUUCAACGAUGUGGAGAAUUUCGUGGAUACGGGGUGAUGUUUCGUUAUGAUUCGAAUAUGAAUAUAAAAAAAUCGAUAUUUUUUUUUCUCUCUUUUACAAUUUUCUUCGUGGAAAUGCAUAUUAUACAUCGACGGAUCCUCUUGAUCGAGGAAUUUAUAAUUCGAAAGGAAAAAGAAAAAAAAACAUACCUCGUAUGCACGAAAUGUAACGAU